AUGAAGUUCUUGCGGAGAGAUAUCGAGUUUUUGACGAAAACAGAUGAAGUUCUGGUGAGGAAACAUCGAAAAGAAAAAUUUAUUAAACUACUCGAUCAAUUACACAAUACAAUCAGAAUCGAUUUAUCUAUGUACAGAAAUAAUUUUCCAUCGUCAAAUGAUGAACGUACGCAAGAUUUAAAAUCUACCGUUGAUCUAUUAACAAGUAUAACAUUCUUUCGAAUGAAGGUACAAGAAUUAUCUGGUCCACCAGGUGUAAGCGGUGUUGCUAAAUAUUAUAUUAAAAAUUGUAUUCAUGAUACAUAUUAUUUUUUAUUUGAUAAUUGUGAUGAAGUUUAUCGACGAGAUUUUGAAAAUACAACCGGUGUUGAAAAAAUAAAUACAACAACAACAGAUGCGACAAAUAAUGAUCAUCCACCCCAACAAACAAAUCCACCAUCAGCUGAUACUGAAACAGUUGGACCAAGCUUAAAAUCAUUAUUAUUUUGGCAAAAAUUAAUGUGUCUAUUAAAUUGUGUUAUUAUAGAAGAUUGUAAACGAUAUAGUCUUGUAUUAAAUCAAUUUCCAUCUGAAUUAAAUGUUGGACAAAAUAGUGCUGAUACACUAUGGAAAUUAUUAUCAGCCGAUUUAAAAGAACAUUUAGAAGAACAUGCUAGAAUACCAGCUGAAAAACGUGAAGUAAAAAGUACAGCAUAUAUGACAUUACAUUUUAAAGUAAAAGGUUUUUAUGAUCAAUCGGUAAAAGCUGUUGUACCAGAAUCUAAAAAUCAAACAUCAGAUUAUCCAACCAUUAGAAAUUAUUUAGAAAAAACACAAGAAUUACAGUCAUUGAAAUAUGCAUUGUCAUUAUAUACACAAACAACGGAUAGUCUUAUUAAAACAUUUGUUAAAACCGGAAAAGAACAAGAUCGUCCAGCUCAAGAAGAAUCAUUUGGCGAAGUAUCUAUUCAGGUGGAUUUAUUUACUCAUCCUGGCUUCGGUGAACAUAAAGUCACCGUUAAAGUUGUUGCUACCAAUGGUCUAAAAUGGCGUACAUCAGGAAUAUUUCGUCCAUAUGUUGAAUUAACAAUGUGUGGACCUCAUUUAAGUGAUAAAAGACGACGACAUUCAACAAAAUCAAAGAACAACACCUGGAUACCAA